AUGGCACAGAGAUCUGGACAGGAAGAUCCAGAGAGAUACCUCUUCGUGGAUAGGGCUGUGAUCUAUAACCCUGCCACCCAGGCUGAUUGGACUGCUAAAAAGUUGGUGUGGAUUCCUUCAGAGCGCCAUGGUUUUGAGGCAGCCAGCAUCAAGGAGGAAAAAGGGGAUGAAGUGUUGGUCGAACUGGCAGAGAAUGGAAAGAAAGCACUAGUCAAUAAAGAUGAUAUUCAGAAGAUGAAUCCUCCCAAGUUCUCUAAAGUGGAAGACAUGGCAGAAUUAACCUGUUUAAAUGAAGCCUCUGUAUUGCAUAAUUUAAAGGAUCGGUAUUACUCUGGGCUCAUCUAUACCUAUUCAGGGCUGUUCUGUGUAGUUAUAAAUCCUUACAAGAACCUCCCGAUUUAUUCAGAAAACAUUAUUGAGAUGUACAGAGGGAAGAAGCGCCAUGAAAUGCCACCGCACAUUUAUGCAAUAUCUGAAUCUGCAUAUAGAUGCAUGCUACAAGACCGUGAGGACCAAUCAAUUCUCUGCACAGGUGAAUCUGGUGCCGGGAAGACUGAAAACACUAAGAAGGUUAUUCAAUACCUUGCUCAUGUUGCUUCCUCCCAUAAAGGAAGAAAGGACCAUAAUAUUCCUGGGGAGCUGGAGCGUCAGCUUCUUCAGGCGAAUCCCAUUCUGGAAUCCUUCGGGAAUGCAAAGACAGUGAAAAAUGACAACUCCUCCCGCUUUGGCAAGUUCAUUAGGAUUAACUUUGAUGUUACUGGUUAUAUUGUUGGGGCCAACAUUGAAACGUACUUGUUGGAAAAGUCUCGUGCUGUUCGUCAGGCUAAAGAUGAGCGGACAUUUCAUAUCUUCUAUCAACUACUAGCUGGAGCAGGAGAACACCUGAAGUCUGACUUGCUGCUUGAAGGAUUUAACAAUUACAGAUUUCUGUCUAAUGGCUACAUCCCCAUUCCUGGGCAACAAGACAAGGAUAACUUUCAGGAGACUAUGGAAGCCAUGCAUAUCAUGGGAUUUUCGCAUGAUGAGAUCUUGUCAAUGCUGAAAGUGGUGUCUUCAGUGCUACAAUUUGGAAAUAUUUCCUUUAAGAAGGAGAGAAAUACUGAUCAAGCUUCUAUGCCAGAGAAUACUGUUGCACAGAAACUCUGCCACCUACUGGGGAUGAACGUAAUGGAGUUCACCCGGGCCAUACUGACACCACGCAUCAAAGUUGGCAGAGACUAUGUUCAGAAAGCCCAGACCAAAGAACAAGCAGACUUUGCAGUGGAAGCUUUGGCAAAGGCCACCUAUGAACGCCUCUUCCGCUGGCUUGUUCACCGCAUUAAUAAAGCUUUGGACAGGACCAAACGACAGGGAGCGUCUUUUAUUGGAAUUCUGGAUAUCGCUGGAUUUGAAAUCUUUGAGUUGAACUCCUUUGAGCAGCUCUGCAUUAACUACACCAAUGAGAAGCUUCAACAGUUGUUUAACCACACAAUGUUUAUCCUGGAGCAAGAGGAGUACCAACGAGAGGGUAUAGAGUGGAAUUUCAUUGACUUUGGACUGGAUCUGCAGCCUUGCAUUGACUUAAUCGAAAGACCU